AUGGCGAGAACGGCUUCAUGGCGAACGCGAGUUGCCAAGGGGCCUGAGGAUUCCGCUACUGCUCGCAAGCGGCGUCGAACAUCUCGUGAUACUUCUUCUUCUUCGGAGGAGGAGGAUGAUCAGGAUAUACUGAAAGAUACGCGUCGCGGCCGGGGAAAAAGGCAAAAGGCCAGCGCCAUUCUGAACGAGUUUACAAGUCUGGAUGCGCUGCUGAGCAACGACCUGGCGGAAAAGCGCAAACGCGAGAACCGCGAACGCAAGCUUCAGAAACUGCGCGAGGAGAGUGAGACGGUAGACAAGGACGCGCCACUGGGGAAGCUGAUGAGCAGCAUGGACACCAACAUGUCGACACUUUCGGGUGACAGCUACCUCUUCUCUGCCUCAGAGGUGACAGCUACGGAAGAAAAGUUUGGUUACGUAUUCACGCCUAUGUUAGAGCCGUUGCCGUACCGAGCUUACAAGGCGACGGAGACCGAGCUACAAAGCGACCUCAAGUUCGUGUACGAGACCAUGCAGUCUACUGAUGAUGAAGAGCUGAGCGGACUGCUGUGGUCCAAAGCCAUUUUGAUCCGCUGCAUACUUAAGCGCCAGAGUGAUUCGACUACACGAGACGCUGGGAUGACGCCAAUAUUACUACCUUCAAAGAUUGGAUCGUGGUUAUUUAUGACGAUGUCAACGCACAGCAACAGUCAUGUGGUUGGGGGGUGCUUCAGCAAUCUUUUCCUGACUCAGAGCUCCGCUAAGAAGAUGUCAGUCCCGAACUUAAACUCAGCUCUUCCAGUGGCCUGUUUCUCGCAUCCGAUUGAGAAUUUUCGAUCUGCAUUUGGCAAGAACACUCCUCCAUUCGAAAUGGAAUGGGAGCCGUCUAUCUACGACUUCCUCAAUGCCUUUCGUGCAUACGGUUUCCAGGACAGCAAGCGAUCGAUGAGUGUAAAAAGCAAGAUCCCCGUGACACCCCUAUGGACAAAGAGGCCCGUGCUGCCGUUUCCGACCGUGAAUAUGCACUAUGUACUGAUGUACUUGGUACUGUGUCUACGCGUCAAGACGCUUAAGUUGGAAGGGUAUGACGCAUUCAGCUUUACGAUGUUCUUUUUGCGCAUGCAAUUUGAGAGCGACAUCCAUGCUAGUAUUGUUGAUCUGGCUACUGUUUGUAUCGAAGAACUACUAGACGUGUUUCCUCGAGCUGAGUGGCGACGAGAGUGGGCGCCGCAGCUCGUUCUUCGGAUUGCUGGAGCGAGCGAAGGUCUGUUUGAUUCAGCUGCAGGCUGGCUUGCUGUUGCCCGUCGACUUCCACGCACCAUGCGUGGUACACAACUCACGACGGGACUGGCCGUCUACGUCCUGCAACAUCGAAUUGACAAAUAUCCGCAACAAGGGGCGACUUCAGAAAAACCUCUAAAAUUUCCAAUUCCAAGUGGACUUGUUGUGGAUAUCGUCGCUGGUAUUGUGGAGGACUUGACGCAGAAGUAUGCGGAGACACGCAAGAGCAGCAAGGAAUCGAAGAAAACGCCACCAUUCGAUCUGCUUUGUAAGAAGAUCGCCCUAAUGGACCUGGCACUGCAGGCUUUCCUGAACAUUCUCACUGCAAACGAAAUGAAAAUUAUGCUGGGAAAGCUUGACCAACUGGCUGAUGCCCACAAGUCCACAAUGUCAGCAAAAUGGCACGAGCUCAAGACGUUGGUCAGUCUUAUGCAUCGAAAGUACUCGCUUGAAAAUUUGCGCAUUGGUCGCGUCCGAAGUGCAUCGCCGUCUGCGAAGACAGUGCUGUCGUUUAGUGACGAUGAGUAG